AUGGCCGGCAUGGUGGAUCCCUCGCCAUUUCUAGCCGGAACUCGUACGGCACACGACGUCGCAGCCACCUUGAACGCCGGGUUUACCAGUGUCCGCGAGACGGCAGGCUGGGGGGUCGAGCUCUCACAGGAGAUUGAGGCCGGUCGGCUCAUCGGACCCAAUAUCUACUCAGUGUGUGCUGCGAUCAGUUGCACGGGGGGGCAUGUCGACCAUCACACCAUGCCAGAGCACCAGUUUCACGAACUCGGCUGUCAUGGCCUUCCGCUUGUCGUGGCAGACGGUGUUCCUCAGUGUAUCAAAGUGGUGCGGCAACAACUGCGCCGUGGCGCCAAAUGCAUCAAGAUCUGCACCAGUGGAGGCGUGUCCAGCGAUCGUGACGACCCGAAGCAUCAGCAGUUCUCUGACGAAGAGAUCAGGGCCAUGGUUGAGGAGGCAGCUCGGUCCCAUCGGGCUAUGGCGGCGCACGCCCACGGUUUGGCCGGUAUUAUAGCGGCGAUUCGCGGUGGCGUCACCACAAUCGAGCACGGAACCUAUUUAGACGACGAGGCGAUUGCGCUGAUGAAGGAUAAAGGGAUCAUCCUGGUCCCUACCCGCGGAAUUAUAGAAGACGGCUUAACGACAGCUGAGUCGUGGUCGGCCAGGGCAUACGAGAAGCUGAAGCCAGUAGCGGUGCAACAUGCUAACGCAUACCGGGCCGCGGUGGCUGCUGGUGUCAAGAUCGCCAGCGGGUCAGACUACGGCAUCAGCAAGAGAGGGACUCCAUUAAGUCACGGCCACAAUGGUAGGGAACUAGAGCUGGCGGUUCAGGUGGGCGGUAUGACCCCCUUGCAGGCAAUCGAGGCUGCCACUGCCACUGCCCCAGAGGUCCUGGGCCCUCAGGCCCCCAAGACCGGCAUCUUGACGGAAGGCUACGACGCCGAUUUCAUUGCUCUGACGUCCAACCCCCUGGACGAUAUCAGUAUCGUCGCUAACCCAGACAACGUUACACAUGUUUGGCUUGGGGGACAGCUAAAGAAGUCCCCAGAAAUGACGAUUGUAAUCCUAGGCCGCACUAGGGAAUGA